CCAUUCUACACGGCAUUACUUGUUGAAAUGGAGCAAGAAUAUAUCAUUUUUAUUUUUAUCUUUUAUGUUUUGCUGGAGGAGAUGGUGGGGAUUCAUCCCCGGCGCCGCCGGGUGAUGUAUCUCCGGCUUGAUCAAGACCGUGGCCAGACCAGACCCCUGUACUGCAGGAUAAACCUGAGCGUGCCAGUUCUGGACAGGUUUUUUAAUGAUUUGGACACACGACCUGAUUUUCGACUGAGCAGGGAGGCCCUGAGAGUGCUGCUGGGCCUGUUGAGGACUGAACGCCAACACGGAUGGGGUUCCACAAUAGAGACCCUGGUAUUCCUUUUCUGGCUUGCGUGUGGUACAUCAUACAGGGUCGUCUCCAGAGUGUUUGACAUGCCUCGUGCCACUGUCCACCGCAUUGUCCACCGGGUCGCUGAGGAGGUGGUGGCCAUUCGCCACCAAGUCAUUCAUUUCCCCAACACCCCAGAAGACCUGGAGGCAGUUUGCCGUGGGUUUGCGGGGCUGGCAAGACACCGAGCUUUCUUGAAAGCUGCAGGAGCAAUCGACGGCUGCCAUGUCCGUAUCAAGCCUCCAAGCGGCCCUGAUGGUCAGUGCUACCGGAACAGGAAACUGUUCCCGUCCAUCAUCCUGCAGGCUGUUUGUGACCAUCAGGGCCGCUUCAUUGACACCUACGUGGGCUGGCCCGGGUCAGUGCAUGAUGCACGAGUGCUCCGGUACAGCCCACUGUACAGGAGGUCAGUGUACCCUCCUCCAGGGCACUUCAUCCUCGCAGACGGAGGGUACCCAUGUCUCCAACACCCACUCCCCCUCAUCACUCCCUACAAGAGGCCAGUACGAGGAGUGGGACCCCAGCGCUUUAAUCUUCAUCAUUCCAGGGCACGCUCCAUUAUAGAGCGUGCUUUUGGGAUGAUGAAGACCAGGUUCCGAUCCAUCUUCCUGAAAGCGCUGGAGGUGCACAACACUUUUGUACCUCAUGUCAUCACAGCCUGUGCCAUCCUCCACAACAUCUGUCUUGGGGUUGGUGACAUCAUGGCCCCGGAGGAUGAUGCAGAGGAUAAGGGGGGGCAUGUUUUGGAGACAGUCAGCGGUGCUCCCUGGCGUGACCGGCUGACUGCAGAGGUGUCUGCCCUGGAGGAGGUUCCCAUUGACCACAACUACUUGUAA